CAACGAGAAAUUAAAUAGUAGUGGGGAAGGGAGUUAAGAAGGCAUAAUCAAACAUCAACACACACAACUACUCCAUAAAGUUGUAGAAGGUAAAAAAGUAAAAAGUCUAUUCAGUCAAACCGCACCCAUUGUAACUGAUUCAUCUAUAUAUUUGUGAUUAUGUUGAUAUAUAUAUAUUUUUUUUCUUUUAUUAUUUAACGUGAUAAUAAUCUUACAUUGGAAUGUUAUCAGUAAUACAUCAAACAAUAUUUAAAAAAAAUUCAUAUAAUUUAUUUUAACAUCAAUUUAAAAGAAAUGAAAAAUAAAAAUAUUUGUUAGUGUAUAAAAGUAUAAAGACGCUUUGCAAAAAUAAUUUUUUAAUUUAUUUAUAUCAGUGUCUAUUAAUAAAAAAUUAAUUUGACAAUGAUAUAUCGAUAAAAGUGAAUUUAUAUUUUAUUAUUUGUGCAAUAAAGUUGGAAUAAAUUAUAUUAUUAUUUUAAAUAUUUAAAAAAAGUUAUAUGUGAGUGUUGUGAUGAAGAUGCGAGUGUUAUGGUUGUUUUUUGUUUUGCUCAUUGUUGUUAAUUGUGAUGAUAAUGAUAAUGAUGAUAAUGUUGAUGAUAGUGAUAAUAAUAAUAAUGAAGUAUCAACUGAUUUACCAUCAAUAUAUUAUACUGAACCAUCAAGUUCUGGUGAUAAUGAUGCUAAAGGUUUUACUGAAAUACCUGGUGGACAUAUUGUUCGUAAUAAACGUGUAUUGGAAAAAUCAAAAAGUCCAUAUUUAUUGCGAGAAGAUCUUUUUAUUGAACGAGAGGGUAAACUUGUCGUUGAGUCUGGUGUUGAAAUCCGGUUUGCACCAAUGAUAGGCAUCACUGUUCGUGGUAUCCUCACUGCCAAGGGUGAGCCGGAGGCUCCAAUAAUAUUAACAAGUUCAAAAGAGCCAUCACCAUCAUCAUCAAGUCAGUCAGAAACGAGAUUAAUUCGUCUUGUUGAUGGUCCAUCAACAUUAGAAGGACGUUUACAAAUAUUUCAUCGUGGUAGUUGGCGUUCAGUAUGUACAAAUUCACGUAAUUGGACGCGAGCAACAUAUGAAACAGCAUGUCGUGAAUUGGGUUAUCAAGGUGGUCGUUGGUCAGGUUGGAUUGAUAAAUUAUGGCCAUCAAAACCACGUUUAUUAUAUGAAGAUCCACAAUGUCAUGGUACUGAAUCAUCACUUCAAGAUUGUUUACAAUGGUCAAAUCGUCAACUUGGUUCUGGUGUUUGUGAUUAUCAUCCAGAUAUAUCAAUAUCAUGUACACAAAAACAUGAUGGUUCAUCUAAAAAUACAAAAAAUUGGCGUGGUAUUAAAUUUGAAAAUGCAAUAUAUGAAAAACCAUUAAUACAAGAAAAUACAUUUUAUAUUAAAAGAUCAAAAUCAAUAAUGCGGCAUAUUACUUUAAAGUACGCUGGUUCCGGAAGAGAUUAUAAUGUCACGUCUGCGUUGCACGUAGAGGGUGUUCCGCCGCAAAUUGAUUCUCUUAUAAUAUUAAAUUCAGCAUAUAAUGGUAUUAAUAUAACAACACCAGAUUCACCAAUAAUUAUAAAUAAUUGUACAAUUAAAAAUAAUAAUGGUUAUGGUAUAUUUAUGAAUAGUUCAACUGGUUUAGCACAUAUUAAUAAUUGUGAAAUUAUUAAUAAUUAUGGUGAUGGAAUUAAAUAUAUUCAUUAUGAUGAAAGACCAGAUGAUAAACUUGAUAGAAAUAAUAUAUAUGAUUUAUGUACAUUUCCAUCAACAACAAGUCAAACAUUUCCAAUAACAAUAUCAAUGGAACAAUCAAAAUAUUCACAAAAUGAUAAAAUAUGUUCACAACGUAUAUUUACACGUUAUGGACAUGUAUUAACAUUACAAUUUUUACAAAUGAAAACAGAUCGUAAUGAUUCUGGUAGUAUUAUGAUAUAUGAUGGUUUAAGUGAACAUGAUAAAUUAAUAGCAAAUGUUAAUAUACGUAAUAAUACAUUACCACAAAGUAUAACAACAACAAAACAAGAACUUUAUAUACAAUUUAUUGCACAAUCUAAAACAAAAAUUAUUAAUUUUAUACGUAUAUCAUCUGGUUAUAAAAAAAAAUAUGAUUUAAAUAUAACAAAUAGUAUUAUUGAAGGUAAUAAUGGACGUGGUAUUGGAGUUGAAAAUUUACGUUCAUUAUUACAUGUACAUGGUACAUCUGUAUCAGCAAAUAAUCAUAUUGCUGGUAUUCAUGUGUUGAAUGGUGCUGCUGAUAUUAAUAUAACAUCAAGUAGAAUAUCAUAUAAUAAUGCAGCUGGUAUUAAUAUUACAAUGACUGGUGGUAAUCGUAAUAUAUCUAAAAGUAUUAUAUCAUCAAAUCAAGGAUAUGGUUUAUCAUUAUGGUUAAAUGAUAGUUUAUCAAGUGAAUAUUUAUCAUUUAAUCAAACAACAGUUGUUGAAUAUUCAAAUAUAUUUAAUAAUAAUGAUAUUGGUGUAUUAAUUGGUAAUUCAACUGGUUUAUCAUAUGUUAAUAUAACUGGUAAUAAUUUUUAUGAUUGUCGUGAUAUUGCAAUUAAAAUACAAACAAGUUGGAUAAAUGAUAAUAAAACAACAACACUUAAAUUACAAAUUGGUAAUAAUAUAUUUAUAAAUAAUAGUAAAGUUGGUAUUGAUAUAUCACCAGCAUUAAAUAUUAUUGGUAAAAUUGAAUAUAAUCAAUUUCGUAAACAUAAAUUUGGUGUUAUACAUAUUAAAAAUUCAUUAUUAUAUGAAGAAUUUAAUGUAUUACCAGCAAAUAUAUUAAUUCAAUAUAAUGAUUUUUUUAUAAAUUCAGGUAUUUAUGUUGUAUCAUUGGGUUUAUCAACAUAUAGUGAUUUACAAUAUUUAUUAUUUACAAGAAAUUUUAUAAAAGAUAAUAAUAUUAGUGAACCAUUUGAUUUAUAUAAUUAUCAUAAAAAAUUAAUACCAAGAUCAAGAGUAUCAGCUGUUAUUGUUGUAUCAUCAAGUAAUGUUGUUAUAUUUAGAAAUAUAAUUAGUAAUCCAGAUUCAAAUUAUGAAAUUGGUUCACAUCUUGAGGAUCAAAGUAAAAUAAUUAAUUGUACAUUAAAUUGGCUUGGUUCAAGUGAUGAAAAUAAAAUACUUGAUAAAUUAUUUUAUCGUAAAGAUCGUUAUAAUUUAGCUAAAAUUGAUUAUUUACCAUAUUUAUUACAUGAUAAUAAUCCAGCAUCAAAUAUUAAAAGAGAUGAUCAAUAUUAUGUACAACAAUUUAUAAAAACAGGAACAAAUUUAAUUGGUGGUGAAAUUGAUGGUCAAUUAACAUUAUAUAAUGGUGAAUAUAUUGUUGAACGUGAUAUUAAUAUACGUCCUGGUGGUAAAUUAAUACUUGAAGCUGGUGUUACAUUAAAAUUUCCACCAGCAGUUGGUAUGAUGGUUGCUGGUACUCUAACAGCACAUGGUACUGAUACAAAUCAAAUAUUAUUAACUUUAAAAGAAGAAACAAAAAUUAAAUCAACAAAAAAUAAUAGUACCAAGAAUAUAUUUGAUAAUAGCAAUAAUAAUAUACCAAUAAGAUUACUUGGUGGUAAUAAAACAAAUUAUGAAGGACGUUUACAAGUUAAAAUUGGUGAAAAAUGGGGAACAGUUUGUAAUUAUGGUUGGACAAUAAAUAAUGCAGCACUUGUUUGUCAUCAACUUGGUUUAGUGCUUGAUCCAGAUGAUUGGAAUUUUGAAAGAUCAGAUAUUCCUGAUGCAGGUAAAAAUGAAGAUAUUAUUAUCAGUAAUGUAAGAUGCACUGAUGAUGAUAUUGACAUAACAAAAUGUAAAUUAGAAUUUUUUGAUGAGUUUGAAAAUUCUUGUUCACAUGAUAAUGAUGUUGGUGUUCGUUGUUUAGAAGCAGCUUGGGCAGGUUUACGUCUUGGUCCACUUGCAACAAGAACUGAUCUUAAAUAUAUUACAAUUGAAAAAUCUGGAUUACUUGAUUAUACAACAAAUGCAUUUAAACCAGCAUUACAAAUUGAUUUUUCACGUCAUUCAUUGGAAAAUUUAAAUAUUAUAAAUAAUUUACAAGAUGGUAUUGGUAUUAUUUAUUCAGAUAUAUAUUCUGGUGAUGCUAUUAAUACAAUUGAUAAUUGUGAUUUAUCAUAUAAUAGAGGUAGUGGAAUUAGUUUUAAACAACUUGGUUUAAAAAUACUUAAUUCAAAAAUUGAAAAUAACAAAAUUUCUGGUAUAAGGCAUAAUCCAGCUCUCUCAGCAGUUAAGCAGAGAGAAUUUGCUGGAUGGUUCAUGCAAUCAACCAGUGCAUCAGUUGAUAUAACAUAUAAACCAACAAUAAUACCGGAUGAUUUUAUUAAUAAUAAUUUAAAUAAUAUUAUUAAAUUAGAUUCAUCAAGUAUAAUAUAUUUAGUAACAUCUAAAAUUAAUAAAAAUAAUAAUAAUAUUAAAAUUAAUAUAGAAAUUGAAUGUUCACCAGAAAGAAUAAUUGGUAUACAAUUAUUAAAUCCAAUUGAAAAUAGAAGUACUGAAUCAAUAAUAAUACAUGAUUCAAAAAGGAUAAAUUCAAAUGGUAAUAUAUGGAAUUUAAAAAGAGAUUUAUCUGUAUUUCCAGUAUCAUCAAGUUCAUAUACACUUAUUAUAGAAUAUGAAAGUGGUGAUAAUGCAAUUGGUGGUGCUGUAUUAGUAUUAACAACAAUUGAAGCAAUACAACAAAAUAUUAAAAAUCGUAUUAAACAAGGACCAAUACCAACAUUAACAUUAAUUAAUACAAUUAUAAAACGUAAUAAAAAUGGUAUAUAUGCAUCAUAUUAUAAUAGAAAUUUUGAUGAAAUUGGUAAUCAUUUUUUACGUAAAUCAAAUGAAUCAAUACGUUUUAUUAAUUGUGAUAUAUCAAAUAAUGAAAAUGAAGCAAUUAAAAUAUUAUCACCAUACUGGAAUAUUUAUCAAUCAAAUAUAUCAGAAAUAUCAAUUCAUAUUAAUAGAACAUUAAUAACAGAUAAUGGACGUGGUAUUUAUCAAUUUAGUCAUGAUAUGAGACAAUCAAAUAAUUUAUUUCAUUGGAUUAUACAAGAUAGUACUAUUGAAAGAAAUAAAGAUGGUGGUUUUAAUGUUGCAUUACCAUAUGUAUGGCAAUAUAAUGAAAAUUUUACUCAUUCAUUAUAUUUUGAUAAUAAUACAUGGCGUGAUAAUUAUAAUUUUGGUAUUAUUAUUGAUGGACAUUAUGCAACAUUAAAUAUGUCAAAUAAUAAAUUUAAUGAUAAUAAAUGUAAACAUGGUUUAAUAUCAAUACGUGGAAUGGAAAAAAAAAUGAAAAUUCAUAAUAAUCAUAUUGAAAAUAAUAAUGGUACAUUUAUGAUUGAAUUUAAAAUUGAUAGUCAAUCAGAAAUUAUUGGUGAAAUACCAGCAAUAUUUAAUAAAAAUUAUGUUAGUAAAAAUUAUGAUGGUUUAAUAACAAAUAAAUAUUAUCAAAAUACUGAUAAUAGAAAUCAUCAACAAAUGUUUAAUAUACAAACAUGUGUUGUUUGUUUUCGUGGUAUACAAAAAGUAAUAAUAAAACGUAAUAUAUUUGGUGAUAAUGCAUUAAAUUAUGAAUUACUUGCUGGUAUUAAAACAGCUAAAAUUAAUAAUAAUGUUAAUGUAGAAGAAAAUUGGUGGGGUACAUCAAAUGAUAAUGAAAUUAAAAAACGUAUAUUUGAUUUUGAUGAUUGGAAUAAUCAUGCUAUUGCAAAUUAUCGUCCAUAUUUAAAUAAUAAUGAAUUUACAGCUGAUUUAAUAACAACAAAAUGGGAUAUAACAACAUCAAUUGAUAUGGAUAAUUUAGGUGGACGUAUUAUUAAUAAUUUAUUAAUUCAAUAUCGUGAUAAACCAUAUAUUAUUAAUUCAGAUAUAACAAUAAUGCCUGAAGCAACAGUUAUCAUUGAACCUGGUGUUAAAAUGGAAUUUGCAUCAAAUGUUGGUAUACUUGUAUUGGGUACAUUAAAAGCAAUUGGUGAACGUGAUAAUGAAAUUAUUAUGAGACCAAUAGUAAAAUCAAAAAAUACAAAUGAUGAUGAUGAUAAUAAUGAUGUAACUAAAUCAUCAUUAUCUAGUAAUAAUGAUGUACCAACAAUAAGAUUAUGUAAAGAGGGUAAAUGUAAUUCAACAACAAAUGAAGGUUUUAUUGAAUAUUUUAAUAAAACAACAUUACAAUGGAUACCAAUAUGUGAUUCAAGAUUUAGUGAAAGAAAUGCACAAGUUGCAUGUCGUCAAUUAGGAUAUAAUUCAUUAAAUGUAUUUGUAUCACAUGAUAAGCGAUAUGAAUUACAUCCUGGUUCAUUAACAAGAAUAUGGUCAUGGCCUGAACCAUUACAAUGUUCUGGUAAUGAAGAAAAUUUAGAUAAUUGUCAAAUACGUUUAAAUGGACAAUUAUAUGGUAAAAAAUUAAAUUGUCCAUGGGAUGGUAAAUGGGUAUUUAUAAAUUGUGGUAAUGAUUAUAAUAAUAAAAAUAAUAAUUAUAAUUAUUGGGGUGGUAUUAGAAUUGCAAAUAGUGAAUUUGAACAUCAUUUUUAUGAGCAUAGAAUGCAUGAUUUAAUAACACAUGAAACAAUAAGAAGAGUUGAAUCAAUAUUAAAAUAUAUUAAUAUUGAAGGAGCUGGUAUAUUACAUAAUGAAAAAUCACCAGCAAUACAAACAGUUAUGAAAAAUCCAGAAAUAUUAUUUGUUAAUAUAAAUAAUAGUGCAUAUCAUGGAAUAAAUAUAAUAUCACCAACACAUACAUUACAAUUACGUUUUAAUAAAAUAAAUAAUGCAUAUGGUAAUGGUAUUAAUUUAUUAUCAUUAACUGGUGAAGGACGUGAAGCUGAUGAAAGUUCAUUUACACCAUUAAAAAAUAUUAAUAUACCAUAUAAUUUAUUUAGUAUGGUUGAUAUUUGUGAUACAAGUAAAGAAAUUGAAAUUGAAGAAAGAAUAUUAUUAUAUUAUAAAUAUGAUAAUAAUCCAGUUAAUUGUAUUAAAAUAUUUCGUAGUACAUAUAGAGCAAAACCAAUUGGUUUUAGAUUAUUACAAUUUAAUAUAUUUAAUUCAACUGGUAAACCAGGUAGAGCUGAUGAAAUAACAUUAUAUGAUGGUGAUAUAUAUAAUAUAACUGCUAAAAAAAUUGGACAAUUAAAAUUUAAUAGUAAAGAUGAAAAAAAAUUAUUUAAAACAGAUGGACCAAGUUUAAGUGUUAAAUUAUUUGCAAAUGGUGCAAGUGGUAUUUAUGGUUUUAUUGCUGAAAUAGUUACAUUACCAAUAUCAGCAAUUGGUUUUAAUCGUGAUGUACAACAUAAUAUAUCAAAUUCAAUAAUAUCAAAUUGUCAAGAUGGAGCUAUUAAAUAUUCAAAUGCUGGUGAAGUUAAUGCUAUUGUAACAAUUGAAAAAAAUCAAAUAAUUUAUAAUUGUAAAAAAUAUUAUGGUAAUUUUACAACUUGUAAAGAAACAAUAUCAAUGAAUAUACAAAAUACACAAUCAUUAUAUUUUAGAAAUAAUUUAAUACGUUAUAAUCAAGGUGGUUUAUCAAUAAUAUCUGAUUCAAGAGGAUCAGCAACAUCAUUAAAAGGAUGGAUAUAUAAUAAUUUAUUUUCUGAUAAUUAUAAUGCACCAGUAUUAUCAAUUGAAGGAAGAAAAAGUAGUCCAUAUCAAGAAAUUACAAUAUUUAGAAAUUAUUUUAUGAAAAAUAAUGCACCAUAUGAUAAUAAUAUUAUAUUAAAACAAGUUGUUAGUAAUAUGACACUCAAUUAUCUUCGUGCUAAUUUGGGUCUUCAUUUACUUGAAGUAUCUGGUUUUGAACGUGUUAGAUUACCAAUUUAUCAGACAACAUCACAUAAUGGAUUUUAUAAUAAUUAUGCUGUUGAUCCAUUUGGUAGAAGUACCAUUGUUGCUGGUACACCUGGUCAACAAUAUGUUGAUAAUAUAUUUUUUAAUCCAGAUAAUGAUUAUGAAAUUAUGACUGUCAAUCGAUCACUAGUUGUCAACAAGGAAUUGUAUGAUAAUCAUUUAGAAAUGUGGAGAUCUCAUGUUGAUGCUAAACAUAAUUGGUGGAGUUAUAAUGAAACAUUAGCUGUUGCUGGAAGAAUACGUGAUCGUGAAGAUUCACUUGAGCUACUUCAAGUUGAUUAUAUACCAUAUCAUAUGAAUAAUAAAACAGUAUUAAAUGAUAAAUGUCCACCUGGUUGGGAUUUAGUUGGUGAUACAUGUUAUAUUUAUAUUGGUGCACCAAUGGAUUUUUUUAGUGCACGUAAAUUUUGUCAAGAAGCUAAUGCAUCAAUGCCAUUUAUUGUUCCAUCAACAGUACCAUUUACAACUGGUAAAUAUUCAGCACUUUGGGAAUUUUUAUUAAAACAACAAGAACGUUUUUCAUAUUCUGAUCUUGUAUGGAUACAAGAUUUAGAUAGAAUUAAUCAAUGUACAACAUUUACAUAUCAACAUAUUGAAAUUGAUAAUUGUGAUAGACCAAGUCCAUUUAUUUGUGAAAUUGAUCCUGGUAUAAGAAUUAAUCCACUUUCAUGGAAAGCUGAUGUUGUUGCACUUGGUGUAUUUAGUGCAUGUACAAUUGCUAUUGCUUUACUUGCUAUUGCAAUUUGUUUUUGGAUAUCAAAAUCAAAAAGAAGAAAAGUUGAACGUUUAGAAAGACGUAAUUCAAUAAGACAAUCGCUACAUUCACUUAGAUCAAUUGGAUCAACAACUGGAUUUACAGAAUUAUCCUACAGGCGCAAACCCCUUGCGACCAAAUCAACGGACACUCUUGCAUCCAGAUCAAUGGAUUAUAAAAAAAUGAUGAAUAAUGGAAGUAUUGAUUCAAUGGAUAAAUCUCAAUUGAAUUCAUCAAUAGAAGAUAAUCGAAGUUAUGAUGUAUAUGAAUCUCAUAAUCCUCAAUAUUCACCAAGUACAAGUGAUUUUAAAACAGCAACAUCAUCAUCAUCAACAGCAACGAAACAAACAAAUCAAAAAUAUCAAGUUCCUCAUGCAGAUAAUCCAGUAUUUGAUUUGGCAUAUCGUAAUGAAGGAUUUAGAAAUCAUUCAACAUUUACAUCACGUAAUAAUAGUAAUUGGGCAUCAAUGGCAAAUAGUGAAGUUGCACAUGAUGAUACACCAACAGAUCAAAUAAAUGAAUCAACUUAUUUAAAUACAAAUACAUCAACAUUACCACUUAAUUCAAGUAUUGCAAUGACUGAUUCAAUAUCUGAAUUAAAACGUGAUAUUGAUAAUGCACCAUAUUCAUAUGAACAAUAUGGUCCACCACCAAUAACACCUGGUUCAGAACCAGUACCAGAAUAUUUUAUUCCUCCAUCACCACCUCAGCCUUAUUAUUAUGACGAACGACCACGUAGUGGUACAUUACUUGAAACAAAUUUAGAUUGUAAUGAAGAUAAACCAUUACGAUCAAAAAGUGAAGCAUUAUUAGAGACAAAUUUUGAUGUUUAUUUUCCAAAUGAAACGACUGAACUUACUCAGUUAUCUGCUAAUUCUAGAAGCAAGAGUCAACCUCUUGAAACAGCAAUGUAAAGUACAAACAUAAAAAAAAAAACAAAAAAAAAAAAGAUAACGAAAAAUCCACGUAAAUUAUUAAUUUAAUUAAAUUAAUUAUUAUAAUAAAUAUAUAUUGUUUAAAAAUAAUAAUUAUUGAUUAAUGAUUAAAAUUUAAAUAUUAUAUCAAUAAUUUUUAUAUACUCAAUUUAGAUGCAAAAAUUGAAUUUUUUAUUCAAUAUAUAUUUAUUAUUAAUAAUUAAUUUUAAUUAAAAUUAAUAAUUGGUGCCUUUGAUUUUGUAAAUAUUUAACAAUGUUUAGAAUAGCAAGUUAGAAUAAGUCAAUCAUAUUUUUUAUUAUUAUCAUCGUUAGAACAAAAAAAGAAAAAGGAAGCGAGAGUUGAAUGAAUUCAUAAAGAUUUUAUAAAUGAAUUGUUUGUGAUAUAGAUUCGUAAUUAUAUAGAGAAUUAGUUUAAUUGGUAAUAUUCAUAAUUGUAUCAAUUAAUUGUGAGAAUUAAUUUGAGUGUUAUAAUUUAUAAAUAAUGUUAUUUUCCAUGUUUGUUGGAAACUAUUACAUUUCUUUUUUUAAAGUAUAAUAACUCCGUCCAAUUGAUAUUAAAUAGAAAUAAUAUUAAUUAGGAAAAUUGAAUGAUUGAUAUUGAUACAAAUAUAUAGCAAAUUAUCUCGAGUAAAUGUGUAUGCAUUGAUUAGUAAAUAAGUUAAUGAAUAAGUUUAAUAAUCGAUCAAUUAGUUU